GUGACGUCAUCCGCGUGCGUGCCCGCGCUGACGGCGCGCGCGCACGCGCGGGAAGGCGAACGACGCUGAGGGGACAAACUCUCGGCAAAAAGUUCGCGUUUAAAAUAAAAACACAAACACCACGCAGCCGGGGUUAAUGGGUCAUUAGUUUGUUUAUGUUUUAUUGCCGCCGCCGUUGUUGUUUAUGAGCAAGCAAAAUCGUGUUCGCGGCUGCUGGUUGUUGAAAUCACGCGAUUGACGUCGGUCGCGUGGCCCGAGUUGAGAGUGGGAAUUCCGAAGUAGAUUUUUGGCACCGACGUCACUGUCGGAAGAGCGCGAAAUGGAAGUCACUGGGGAGCAGCUCAUUUUGGAAGAAAAUGUUGAUGACAAUUUCAUCCCUUCAGAAAUGGAGAUAAUGGAUUAUGCCAUGGAGAUUGGCAUUGACCCAGAGAAGGAGCCGGAGUUAAUGUGGCUGGCACGGGAAGGCAUUUUUACACCUCUCCCAAAAGAGUGGAAGCCCUGCCAGGACGUGAAUGGAGACAUCUAUUACUUCAACUUCUCCACGGGCAUGUCCAGCUGGGACCACCCAUGUGACGAAUAUUACCGGCAAAUGGUGGAUAAGGAGAGGGAGCGCCUGGCUAAGCAAGGGACAGUGAAAGCACAGGACCAGAAGGAUAAAAAGAAGAAGAAAAAGACCAAAGAGAAGAAGAAAGAUAAUAUUAAUAAAGACAAAAAAGGGGAACAGCCUGCACUGAAAACAUCUGGAGGCCUCAACCCAGUUCAGGCACCGCUGGGAAGCUUGGCACCAGUUCAGAAGCCUCUCCUAGGCCUGACUCCAAUUCAGAUGCCUGCCAGAGGUCUGGCGCCUCUUCAGCCUCUGUCUGGGACCCUAGCCCCCAUACGCGGCCCUGUGGAGUCUUUGGACAACCUUGGGGUAUCACCCAGAAGCUCAAUGGACAGCCUUGGCUUCUUGAAGGGACCCAAGAAGAAUGCCAAUCGCGGUCAGGUUGGUGGAGGCAAAAAAGAGGAGAAUGCUUUUGGCGGUGAGGCUGGUAUUGGUGAUGACGUUGAAAAUGAUGAGAACCCUCUGUGCGCAGCAGAAUUUCUGAAACAUCUGCACUUGGACAUUGAUGAAGACGAUUUUCAAUUUGAGGAAUCUGAAGCCAGUGAAAACAUCAGAGAGCUGCAGGUUACAGAAGACACUGAUGAAGAUGGUGCUACACUCGAUAAAGAUCCUGCUCUGUCUGCUCUUCCAAGCAAAAUGUCAAGUCGUUUUAACUUAAUGGGCCUUGAUAAUUUGCCACCACAGCUUGAAAAUAAAAAAACAGAGGUGUCUGCUCUUCCAAAUACAUUUUCAAGUCGUUUUAACGUAAUGGACAUUGAUGACUUGCCACCGCUGCUUGAUAAUCAAAAGUCAGAGCACGCAGACCCUCCCGUGUUUCCUGUGCAUGAUGAUGUGGACAGCAAAACAAACAAAGACAAAGGGAAGACAGAUGAGACGACUAAAAGUCAUGAAGCUUGGUCAGAGGAGGCAAAAGUUUCUCUUGCAGCCAGUGGAGAUGCAAAUGUGAUACAGAGCCUCAUAAAUGAGACUCCAGAAGACAGUGUCCAUAAUGAACAUUCUUUAAAUGUAUCCAACCCAGAGGCUGACGAACAACUUUCAUCGGGCAAGUUUGGAUUUGAGAAAGAGGCAAGCAAGGCAAGCAGUUCUAGCGUGCCGCUCAUGGUUGUCGAGAAGCCCGUGAAAGAUGGGCAUGACAGCGAGGGAAGAGUGUCGGAUUGCUUGAAAAAUAAACCUCAACAUGAACUAGAAGGCCGAGAGAAGCAGCUGCAGAAGGACAACGAUGAUGCGCUGGAGGAGCUGAAGAAGCAGCUGGAGAAGGAGUUGACUGAGCAGGAGGAGAAGCUGCAAGAAGAGAAGGAAGAGCGCCUCCGGAAGCUCAGGAACAAACUACAGCAAGAAGAAAGCGACACGGUAAAGCAGCUUGAGGAGGAGCUUAAGAAGACUAAGAGGACUGUGGAGGAGCAGCAUCGGGAUGAGCUGCAAAGAGAAGAGGCUCGCCUGAAGGACGAAUACGCGCGGACGCUUGUGCGCGUUCGAGAAUCCCUCCGGCAGGAGACUGAAGAGGAGGAGCGGAAAUUAAAGCUACAGAAAGAAAAGACCUUGCAGGAGCAGAAUGCGCUAUUUUUUUCGAUGGAAAGAGAUCGGCUUGAAGCAGACAAGGAAGGUGCUUUGAAAGCGCUGCGCGAGGAGCUUGAAGUUGAGAAGCAGCAGGUAUUGGAAAAGCUAAAAGAAACCCAUUUGCAAGAGUUGGACGAGUUGAAGUCUGCCGUCCAAGAGAAGCAUGGAAAGGAUAUUGAUCAUUUAAAGAAAGAGCUGGUGGAAACUCAGAUGUUGGAAAAAAACGACGUUACGGAGAGACUUAAAAAGGCACAACUUCGACAGCAGCAGGUGGAUGAUUAUGAAAAACAGCUCAGUGAACUUAUGAGAGAGCGAAGGACUGAUGUGGAAAGGGAGCAUGUGCAGAAGCUUGAUGAGAUGAAGGCUGACCACACGAAAAGUCUGCACAAAAUCCGGGAGGAUCACAUGCAGGAGGAAAGUAAUCUACGUAGAUCGCUGAUGGACAGCUGGAAGGAGGAGCGACAGAGGCUUCAGGAGCGACACGAAGAGGAGCUAUCAGAGAUGAGACGAGACCAGGAGAGGAGACUGGAGCAGCUGACCCUUGUCAACGCAGAGCGGGAGAGAGACUGGAAGGAAGAACAUGAGCGUUUACAGCAGAACAUUCUUGACCUUUCUGCAAAGAAGUUGCAGCUGCAGAAUGAGGUGGAGGUUGAAAGGAAAAAGACGCAGAUGAGGAAAGAAGAGCAAGAUGCAUUUGAGAAGGAGAUACAAGCCAAAAACGGGGAGCUGCAGGAGCGCAUGGCCCGAGUUGUGGAGGCCCUGCAGAAGGAGGAGAAGAGCCUUGAGGCGUCGAUGCACGCCGCUCGGCGAGAUCUGCAAGAGAUGGAGAGGCAGAAGGCUGAACUGGCGGCCGAGUUGGAUGCCUUGAAGGGCGAGGGCAUCCGGCUGAAAAAUAAACUUGGUGAACUGCAAGAAAGCGUCACCCGCCAAGAGGGCGUGGAGGCUGCGUUCAGGGAGUUAAGCGAAGAUACUCGUGGAGAGCUUCGUGCAGAGGAUCUCACAGGUCCUGAGGUGACGAGAUCGAGUGUGGAACCAGGCUCAAGCAAUGCAGAGGAUCAACAGAUUGAAAAUAAGCUCAAGGAUAUUAGCAGCAUUAGACAGUACAUUGCCCAGGAGGAAUGCUCCCUGCAGCGCGCACAACGCUUCAUAACCGAGCAGAUGAGCAGCCUGCGCCACCAGGACAAUGCCCUGAGGUCAGCACGGAGAUCACAGCGCACGCUCGGCAUUUCUGGUACAACAGCGGAGGGGAACAAAUCCCACAGGGUCCUGGAGCAGGAAGCAAAGCAUCUGGCUGCGUUUAGAAGCACAAUGCGUAAAGGAUUCUGCCUUCUGCGGGAGAAGGAGGAAAAAUUGGGGCUGCUGAAGGAGUCCGUGAUGGACGUGUUGUCAGAUGAAGAAAGCCAAGGAGUGCCACUGGAUGGCAAGAGAGUAACAUUUGAUGUCGACAUGUCAUCGGACGAUCUCAGCAGCGAAAUGGACUUGGACUUCAGCUCUCAGCAACGGAUCCCACAGUCUGCUGUGCAAGGUGUUGAAGUGCAGCACCUAAGCUCCUCCAUCCAGAGGCUGAGUCGAGAACUUACAAACGUUCUCACGUUGCUGGGACAGGCGCAGCCUUCGUUAACAUUUGGCACUCGGUUUGCAACAGGGGCUUUCCCGGCAGCUGUGACCGGGGGUGUUCCCAUCUCGGCCUACUUCAGGCCAUCCCAGAUGGGCCUUGGGUCUUCUGCUCCUCUGGCUCAUGCUUGGGGCCCUGUGCCGGCGAGUGUUACUCAGACUGUGGAUGAAAUGAUGGCUGAGAAGUGGCGCAAGUAUUUUCCAGGAGGAAUUCCCCCACUUGGAUCUACGUCCACUAUCAGGACGGAGAACAUGAUGGGAUACCUAUCUGCCAGUGAGCAGGUACGCCGAUUCCAACAAGCUGGAGCCUUAGGAGUCGGUGUGGACCCAUCCAGCCUGCAGGACUCGAUCGCCCAACACAGAAAGUGGCUGCACGACUUCAGAAAAGACAGCAAAUCCCCUCUGAUUCCUGCCAGUACUACCAUGUCCCUGUCCGGUCGGCCGCUCCAGCUGGGCUUGGAUGAACACAACAGCAUCCACGUCUAUCAACAGUGACGGAGGCCCCCUGACGGAGAUCGCCAAAUUGUGUGCUCCGCGAUCCUGGUUCUAUGCACUUAGCGGAUUUUAGAAUGUUUACUUGACUCAUCUGAAGCAACAGCUGCAAUAGCUUCGAAACUUAAGUCCGAGUGGGUGGUGUGAUUUGGUGCGUUUAAUAAAAAUGAGGUGGCCAGCACAAUUGAAAGGCGUUGUUUUAAAGAUGAAGCUUGUAUCGCGGAUUGACCAAGUGGAAGACGCUACUUAAUUUUACUGUGAUACUUGUUCAUCAUUUUGGAGGCACAAAAUAAUGUACGACAGAGGCCACUUGUGAACAGCUUCAGAAGAAAUGCAUACUUAAGCAGAACUCGGUCUGUCACCGCACAAUUUAUUUUUUAAAGAAGUGUUUUCUUAAGGAAAAAGCAUUCUUCACUGUGACUAUGUAACUCAUCUCGGUACUUGCUGAUAAGCCACUCAUUUUUGAAAUCACUCUUAAAAAGUGCCUUCAAAAUGCAAUGAGCUCGUGGGUAAUCAAUACUCACACGUCAUAUGUAUUUAAACGUGACCAAUUUAAUUGUACAAUGAAGAUGUUAACAUGGUUACAAUUUUAAUUCUUGAUACAAAUACGUAGGGUUUUAAAAUAAAUAAUUAUUACUACGUAACAAAUGUUACACUUCUUGCAUAUGAAACUUAAACUGGUUUGAUGGACCAUAUCGUGAACCACUGUCGUCCACGCUGCUUCAUUGGAAGAAUAGCAAAUCGACACGAACUCUCUCCUGAAGCCCUGUCGUGGCUAUCAGACCUCCACAUCGGCAUUUAGCUCCUGAACAUCUUGCCAUACGCAAGAACAGAAUGAGUUUGAUCGUAUUCAAUACAGACAUAUCAUAUUACACAGUGUGGUAUAGCCUUAACUUUAUAAAACAUUUUCUAAGCAAUAACAUAAAAAAGGUAAUUGAAUGUAAUUUGUAUUUGAUAGGAUACACUGCAACACCUGUAUAUUUUUUGCUUCAAUGUAUGUAAAGGUGUGUUAUUUAAAAUCAGUUUAGAACAUUGCUUUUUCACAGUUAAGAUAUAUAAAUGUCAUAAUUAAGGUUUUGUAAUACUGUACGUGGCAUGUUUAGACCCCUGUGCAUGCCUGCUUUGUUGAGAUUUAACUUUUCUCUUCCGUUGUGAAUGUCACAUUUACAAUUGAUACAUUCAAUGGGAAUUGGGAAUCACAUCUAACCCAACACGUGAGCAUUUGUUUGAAUGUAUUUUAAGUAAUCAAAUGGUGUUUGUUAUUGAGCAAAAUCUGAAAGCUUUCUUUCGUGUGAUAUUCAAAUAUUUAUUUAACUUUGUAUGGGUGCUGUUGCAUCAUUGCUGUACGCUCAUCUUGGGUUUUUGUUCCAUACGUGUGUUUUAAACAAUUAAAUACCGCACUUAAAAAACACCCUCUCUUACAAGUUUUACAUUUGGUCCAUUUGCAUCUGAUGUAGGUUUAGUGAUGACAUUUUGAGAGCAAAUGAAAGCCUAUCAAGAGCUUUGCCAGGAUUAUGUAUCCACAUGGGACACAAUGAUGGGGAGAGGCGGGUUUGUGUGGGGUGUUUUGCGGAAGAGACGAGUGUGGCUGAUUUAGUUGCCUUGGUUACUCAAAAUAUCUGAAGUUAUAAAAAAUAAACCCCACAAAGUUGGGCCUCUAGUCCUAUGUGAUAUGCCAACAGGGUGGCCAGCACACUGCAGUUAUUUGCACAUGAAUUGUUAGACGUGUGUCUCCGGUCAGCCGUCUAGGACCCCCCCCAGAUGGCUGGCGUGGUGGAUGUGUGGAGGGGAUAAUGUGUGGGAGAGGGUGGGGAGCGCGACCACCUCCCCUUUGGCCUAAAGCGACUUAUGUUAGAAGCGAAACGGCCACGAACGCAGCCGGGAGUCCACGCGUGGUACCCGAACCAGCCUCAUGUGGUUCCAAUUCCUCUCGUCCGCCGUGGACACUAUGCUGGCGACUUUAGUCGCCAUCCUGUACGUGGUAACCCGCAGGGUCAGCGAGCUGAGCUUUGGUUUCUUCAGCAAGGAGCAGCAGCCCGUCCCGUACCAGCUGCAGUACCCGCUGCCCUGGCAGGUGCUGUCCGUCUCGCAGAGUCGCCGAAGCUCCAGAGCAGAGAAAUUAUGGAACGUUUACGAUGGCUAUUGAGUUUUGGUGAGUCAUCUACAAGCCACGAUUAGCAGAGCCUCAACAUUCGAGAACAACAAUUCACGAUUUCGCAAAAAUAUAUAUCAUUCACCAUUUUAAAUAUGCUGUAUAUUCCUGGGUUGACAUUAAACAAGAUAGUACAUUACAGUACUUGCCAAUGGUGAUGUAUAAGAUGCAUUUUGAUAGAUACGCAGGAUGCAAUAUUGUUGGCAUUAUAUACACUCGAGUUAAAGUUUUUUUUUUUUCCAGUGGGAUGCAUCAACAAUCGACUCCUUACGCUGUGGAGGUAUUAGCAGCCGAAGAAGAUUGUUUACUCAUGCUAAGCGCGUCCCAUCACCAUUCUCUGAAUUGUGCAGACCUGUCAUACCGCAGAUGGGGGUUCAUCACGCUCACAACAUUGGCCAAUGGCAUUUUAAAGACACGUUACACGAGUUUAAAACGCCAGAUGGACACAUUGCAAUGAAUGAAACAAAAUAAUAACUGUGAAUCGGUUUCUUUCGGUGUUUGCGAUUACCGAUGAUUUUAACACAAUAAAGUUAUAAAGGGGGCCCUACAUUAAAAGUUUUAACUGGCUCUUGUACAUUACACGAGAUGAUAUUAAACAUUUGAACCUAUUGCUAGUACAACUGUGCGCGGUAUAAAAA